UGCAUCCAUGGUCAAGAGGGAAACCAGAAAGUCAUGUUUCUGUAAUUGGUAAGUUCGUAACCUACCACACCAGCACCAAAUGCGUUUUAUUUAAAGGCCGGCUUUGGUAUAUGCAACUUCCAGAUUUCCCCUUCUCACAUUUCACCAUCUCAACCUCUUGAGGAUUCUCUCCCUUCCUCCGCGGUUCGAACACCAGACAGCUUGUGGAAGCAGAGAUUCAGCAAUGGAGGCACAGAAAGCAUACAAGAGUCCUCACAAAUCAUCCGCAUCGGAGUCCGAAGCAGAUUCGGCCUCUUCAACUAAAUAUGAGGAAGCAGAAGCGGAAGCACAAGUUUCAGACGCAGACGGUGUAGAAAACAGCACCCAAGCAGAGCUCACCAAGAUCCCUCUCAUGAGAGCCGCCGUUGAAGCCAAGGAUCCCUCCGCUAAGGAAGCAGAUGAUUUGAUGAUCAGGAGAUUCUUGCGAGCUCGUGAUCUAGAUAUAGAGAAGGCUUCAGCAAUGUUUCUCAAGUUUUUGAAAUGGAGAAGAUCAUUUGUUCCUAAUGGCUUCGUAUCUGAAUCAGAGAUUCCCAAUGAGUUAGCCCACGAGAAGGUGUACGUGCAAGGAGUCGAUAAGUUAGGACGACCAAUAAUAGUCGCCUUUGGUGCAAAACAUUAUCAAAACCCAGAUGGCGUCGAUGAAUUCAGACGAUUGGUGACCUAUAUUCUUGAGAAAGUGUGUUCAAGGAUACCACCGGGACAAGAAAAGUUUGUUGCAAUAGCAGAUCUCAAAGGUUGGAGAUAUGCAAACAGUGACGUUCGUGGAUAUCUAGCCGCUCUUUCUAUUUUGCAGGAUUACUACCCAGAAAGAUUGGGGAAGUUGUUUAUAGUGCAUGCGUCCUCCAUAUUUAUGACAGUUUGGAAGAUGAUAUACCCCUUCAUAGAUAACAAAACCAAGAAGAAGAUAACCUUUGUGGAGAAGAGUAAGAUCAAAUCAACACUGAUGGAAGAAAUAGACGAAAGUCAAAUCCCAGAGACAUAUGGAGGCCAACUUCCAUUAGUUCCGAUCCAGGAUAGCUAAUUUAUUUACUACCAUAUGCUUGAUUUUAUGAUUUGUAUUAUCUUCUUUUGCAUUAGAUAGCUCCCAAUGCUGUAUCAAAUGCUAUAUAGAAUUGUAAUUCCACAUGAUAAUCAAGUUAUAUAUCUAUAUAU